AUGUAGGAACUGCGGGCUGACUGUGCAGCCGUAGUCAAGUCUGUAUUUAUGCGCCUCUCUCCUGUUGAGGCAGCAUAUGGAUGGCCCUGCACAAAGUUGCGGCACCCAUUGCACCCGACUGUCUUUAAGCAGGGUGAUGUUGGAAUCCAUCUACAUGUUCAGUAUGACCCAGUCAAAGAAAUGGUGCUGGAGGCCAAAACGUACACAGUCCCGAAUUUGGAUGAUGAACCACCGCCUCCGAGCGGGGAAGUUCUUCAGAAGAUCGAGGCCAUGGCAAGUGAGGCAAUGAGCGAGAACGGUGCCUGUCGGCAAAAAAUGUCGCAGGUCAAUCUGGCCCUUCGAGACGCUCCAAAACUUCCUCAGGACCUCUUCGGUCCUGUAGAAUCAGGCUUUUCACAAAAUAUGCUGGCGAUUCUCCGGUUCA